AUGUUCAAGCUCGCGCGCAGCAGAUCGAUUGCUGCCGUUCUAAGGCCUGCAGUGGAAACACCUUUCAGAAGUGCCUUCCAAAACCAGAGGAGAAACCUCGCCAUCCACGAAUACCUUUCUGCCAAUGUCUUAAAAUCUUACGGCAUUGGUGUGCCAAGAGGUGAAGUUGCACGCACUGCAGACGAGGCUGAAGUUGUUGCAAAGGAGCUUGGCGGAGAGGAUGUGGUUAUCAAGGCCCAGGUACUAGCUGGUGGUCGAGGAAAAGGGACUUUUGAUAAUGGCCUGAAAGGCGGAGUUCGCAUUAUAUACUCGCCAACCGAAGCCCGAAUGUUUGCGAGUCAAAUGAUCGGCCAUAACCUCAUCACCAAACAAACCGGAGCCCGAGGACGGUUAUGCAGCUCCGUCUAUAUCUGCGAGCGUAAAUACGCCCGCAGAGAAUUCUACCUUGCUGUCCUUAUGGAUCGAGCAUCGCAAUCACCCGUCAUCGUUUCCUCUUCGCAAGGCGGUAUGGACAUUGAAGCUGUUGCAAAAGAAAGCCCGGAAGCCAUUACAACUACCCGGAUCGACAUCAAAGUUGGCGUUACUGAUGAAAUCGCCCGAAAAAUCGCCGCUGGCUUGGGAUUUUCAGAGCAAUGCAUCGAAGAAGCCAAGGACACGAUCCAGAAGUUAUAUAAGGUCUUCAUGGAGAAAGAUGCAACACAGAUCGAAAUCAAUCCGCUAGCCGAAACCACCGACUACAGAGUCUUGGCUAUGGAUGCCAAACUUAACUUCGAUGACAAUGCCGAAUUCAGACAAAAAGAGGUCUUCUCUUUAAGAGACACUACUCAAGAAGACCCUGAUGAGGUCAAAGCUGCUGAGUUUGGUUUGAACUUUAUCAAGUUGGAUGGUGAUAUUGGUUGUUUAGUCAACGGAGCUGGCUUGGCUAUGGCAACUAUGGAUAUCAUCAAACUCAACGGAGGCAACCCUGCCAAUUUCCUUGACGUUGGCGGUGGUGCUACUCCUUCUGCGAUCAAAUCUGCCUUCGAACUCAUCACUAGCGACCCCAAAGUCACUGCCAUUUUUGUCAACAUCUUUGGAGGAAUUGUUAGGUGUGAUGCCAUUGCCCAGGGUUUGAUUAAUGUCGUCCGUGAUAUGAACCUUCGCACUCCCAUCGUUGCUCGUUUACAGGGCACUAACAUGGAAAAAGCCCACCAGUUGAUCAACGAUUCCGGUCUCAAGAUUUUUUCGAUCGAAGAUCUCCAGAAUGCGGCUGAGAAAUCAGUGCAGUUCUCCAAGGUCGUCAAGAUGGCCCGUGAUAUUGACGUUGGUGUCGAAUUCACGCUCGGUAUUUAA